UCCCCUCCCCCGCACGCGCAUCAAGACGAGCAGGCGAAGGGCUCCGCUGGACAACAUGCUUUCUUGACGGCGAGGGACGGCAGUGAAGGUGGACCGACGCCUCGUAUGCCUCAUCCAGCGACAGUGUCUGGUCAGGGAGCCUCGGGGGAGACGGGAAGCGUAGAUCUCGUCACUGUCGCGGCCAAUGCCGUUGCCCUGCAACACCAGUACGCUGAGCUGGCCUCUCAUCUGCAAGACAUGAAUCAAAACUACGCCGAGGUGAGACAGGAACUGUUGGGGCGGCUGGAGACGACCCAGCUGGAGCAGGAAAAGCAAAUGCACCGAAUGGAGGACAAUAUGACGGAGAAACUAGAGAACCUCAAAAGUGAAGACACAGAGACAACAAGCAACCCACGCACGGGAUGGAUGGGGUGCACGAUGUCUCUGUGCGUGAUGCAGGUGAGCUGGUUGGCGUGCUGAAGCUGUUGAAGGACACCAUGGAUGGAAAGGGCCGCAAGAUGGAUGACCAGCUAGCUCUCGUGCGACAGCAAAUCACCGACCUCGACCUGCGCCUCUCAUCCCUCAAUGAGAAAUGCGCGCGCCAAGCCUCUGACAUCCACACAGUCCGUGACGACGUGCGGUCUCUCACGGCGGCCGUCGACGGCAAGAUCAAGAAGAUUGUAGACGAAUUGACGGAUCUCUUGUACAAGAAGGUGGACGCACUCGAGACCAAGCAACGGGAGCUCUCUGCAGACUUGCAGGUAGCGAAAGAACAUAUCACUGUUUGUGUCUGUGUCUCUUCUCAUUCAUGUGUCUCUGAGGUGCAGGAGCGUCAAUCGAAAGCGCUGUUGGAGGUGGCUGAGGACCAUGCAAAGCUGAUCCGGCUGAUGGGCGAGAAGGAGGACAGCUUCAAGAACCAGCUGAGCGACACACAGAAGGGCCUCAAGACCACACCAGUCAUCCGAGACAUCGAGCGCACCAUCGAAGGCUGUACGGCGCGGCUGGCUGUCUGUGAGGCGUCGAUCGAUGAAAUGGAGAAAGAGAAGCUCGCCGACAGUGGAGGAGUGUCGACGGCUGACCUCUCUUCGCUCCGCGCGGCGCUAUCGCACGAGAUCGCAGCUCAGAACCAGGCUUUGCGGGAAGAGAUGUACAACAUCCUCUAUGCCUUGUUUCAGCGACAGCCCGGACCAUCCGGGCUCACAUACCCCGAGCCGCCCCCGCUGCCUCUUGACGGCAGCCUCAGCGAGCGUGGGCAGAAAUCGCAGCACAGCGAGCAGUGGGCCAGGUUUGCCGAAGCGUUCCUCAAGGCGGCCAGUGAGAGACAGCCGAAAACCGGUGCCGGAGCGAACGCCCUCUUCAGCGAAGACAAGGAGCCAGAAGCUCGAGGACGGUCGCCUGUAUCCCUCUCUCCGUCACGCUCGCCUGCCCCAUGCCCCUUGUCCCCCAUCUACUGCGCCCGCGAGCGCGACCCGUUCCUCAUCUACGAGAACCACAUCGCCCGACUCAACUCGACCCUUUUUGAUUUGCAGCACCGCUUCGACCACCAGACAGACCUACUCGAGAAGCUUGUGAAGGCCACACCAAGGGCUUCACCCCCACAGCCGCCGCCAGCCGUUGGCGGGGACGGCAUGACGGUGGUGCGCCUGCCGCCGCGCGUCUUCCCCUCCGCUUCCAGCGAUUUCGACUUCAUCAUUCCUGACGGCAAAAGCAAAAGCGGCAGGCACAUCAUGGCCAAACCCAAACCGAUGGCGGGAAAGACACAGCAGGAAGGGGAAAAGGUUCCCACGACGAUCAAGGAGGAGAGCGAGAAGGAGAGAGAGGAAAAGGUCAAGGAAGAGAAGAAAGCACCCCCACCUGUGCUGCAUGAAGACCUCAUCGCACCAGCACCAGCACCAGCAGCACCAGCAGCAAACAAGGAAGAAGCCCUGCCGCCCACACCAUCAUUUGAGGCAGCGGCAAAGGAAGAGACCCCUCCAGCCCCUCACCACGAAGAUCACGACAUGGUGUCUCACCGGUCAAAGGAGAGCGGCCUUGAGGACGUGCUUGACCUCAUUCGUCAGUCGGAGCAGGCUGACAACAAAGACAAAGAGAAGGCCAGCGAGAGCAGCUGGGACGACUCGCCCGCGGCGGCAGUGAGGGAGCCGCAGACCAAGAAGGAGACACAAGAGGAGACACAGGCUCCCCCACCCAAGCCGAAGCCGUUUGAGCCGCCCCCUCCUGUGUCGCAGACACACGACGAGAAGGCCCCUUCGCACAAAGAUGACAUCGACCUUGACGACGAUGAGCGGCCGGAUGUCUUCAUGUCCAUGAGGAAGGACGACAUUCCCUCCCCAACCAUCCCCAAAGCAGCCGAGCCCAAGGCGAAGACGAAGGCUUCACCAGCAGCAGCCGCGGCAGAGGAAGAUGAUGAUUCUGACAUCGAUAUGCCGAUCGAUGACCUCUACACGCCACCAGCCCCCGCACCGGCACCCAAGAGAGAGCCACUGCCGCCCCUCGGAGGCAGGCCGGCAGGCACAUUGCCCCCCCUCACCGGCGCUGGUGCACGGCCCAAGGGUGGUGAGGCGGAGGCACGAGAGACCCGCGACUUCCUGAAGAGCCUGUACGACAACGACAAGAAGGACGACUACGGGGAUGACACAGACGAGGAUGAGGACGACACGUGGGGGGUCAGUGAGGGCAAGUGAGUGAGUGGGUGAGCGAGUGAAUGGCGGACUCGGGCAUGGGCAUGAGUACAAUGCAAUGGAGCCUCAUUGAAGGCAGGUGUGCG